AAAACGCCCAGACCAAGCCCCUAAUUCAGAAAGCUUUGGAGAUAACGCAUUUAUACCCCCGCUGCAGCCCUUUUAGUUUGUGUAGCCGCUUUAUUUGUAAUAACAAGAAGAAUAAGGAACGAAGUACAAUGAUUGACUUAAAUGUCACCACCGUCCUCGCUGUGGUCUUUAUCGUUCUGGUGGAUGCCUGGGCGGUGUGGUACUAUUUCCGUCGGCGAGGGACGCCGCCCGGGCCCGUGGCCUUCCCCGUGAUCGGUAGCCUGGUAUCUCUCGGCGACACGCCGCACGAGACGUUCAGCGCGAUGGGGAGGACAUACGGGAACAUCUGUAGUUUCUGGCUCGGUACACGACUGGUUGUUGUGUUGAAUGGGUACGAGACCAUGCGAGAGGCGUUCUUAGACAAGGCUGGCUGUUUUUCGCACAGACCGAGCUAUUUUCUACCGAAGUUGGCCUCGGGAGGAAUAAGCGGUGAUUCCACACCACGGCCCUCCCAUUGGAGAGCUCAGCAACGGCUCAGCUCCUACAUCGUUCGUAGUUUCACCCUCGGUCAGACCGUCAGCUUGGAAAGAAAAAUCACUGUCGAAAUACAAGGCCUGUUCGAUCAUGUAACCAGCAUGCAAAGCGCGCCCUUUGACCCAGAAAGACUUCUCCUCAAGAGCGUUGCCAACACGAUUUGCUCCGUCAUCUUUGACGUCACGUUUCCUUACGAUCAUCAGGAAUUCUGCGGCUUUCUAGAACUUUUCAAGAGGAACACCGACGCAGCCUCGAAGAUUCCUCUCGGCAACUACUUUCCCUUUCUAAGGCACCUUCCAAUCGGUGGGCAUAAGGAGUGUUUUGAGAAUAGCGAAGUGGUGCAGGUAUUCAUGAAGAAGACGGUGGCUGAGCACAGAGAAAAGUUCGACCCGGAGAAACUGAGGGACUUUACGGACGUCUAUCUGUCAAAAGUUCGAGAUGCAAAUGAUGGGAUCAAGUUUACCGAUGAUUUACUCAUGGAAGCGAUUCGGGACAUAUUCGUGGCAGGUACGAGUACCGCCGCCGCCGCUCUACAGUGGGCUAUCCUCUACAUGACGGUGUAUCCGGAAGUUCAGGAAAAGGUACAGGAUGAGAUUGACCGUGUGGUCGGCAAGGACCGCCUCCCCUCUUUGAUUGACAGGUCUAACCUUCCAUAUACGGAAGCCACCAUGAUGGAAGUGAGCCGCCUGCGGCUAACCGGGCCCUUGUCUCUCACUCACGUCACCCAACAGGACACGGAGCUCUCCGGAUUUAACAUUCCAAAGGGAACAGUUAUCAUUCCCAACGUGUGCUCGGUCAGCACCAACCCGGAAGUAUGGAAGAACCCGCUGGAGUUCGACCCGGCUGGUUUCCUGGACAGCGACGGGCGCCUGAUGAAGGAAGGGGUCUUCUUACCGUUCUCUUCUGGCUGGUGUGCGUCCAACCCCGGCGAGCAGCUGGCGCGCAUGCUGAUGUUCCUGUACUUCUCCUGCCUCAUGCAGCAGUUCCGCUUCCAGAAGCCAGAUGGCGCUCCUCCGCCCAGUUUGAGACCCAAAGCAGGCCUGAAUCUCGUCCCCUGCCCUUAUGAAAUAGUUGCUAUCCCACGAACUUAGUGUUCUUUUCUGGAUUUGUUUAUCACAGUAUGUGGCUAAAGACUGUGGUCUUAUCAAUUUUGUCCUGAGAAAAAAAAGGAGCCUAGUACCCAUGCUGGUCCCAGCUCCCGCCCGCUCCUGUGCCGCUUCCCUGCCGUACUGUACGUGUAUUCUACCGAGAAGCGAUCAGAGGAAUCAAGAGUAGAACGGAUUCCAGACUAAAAAAGAGGCACAGAUUCUAUUACCAGUAGUAGUAGCUGUCUUUGUCUCGUGAUGCCAAUAUAUGACUUUCUUGUUUAGAAAGUCAAAUAUGAUUUAAAGGAUUUUCUUUAGAAACAGACAAUUUUUUUCUACGUGAAA